CGCUAGACGUCGGACGUGGAUUGACGUUUCUCGACUAGGGAAACAAGGGUGCCAGUGUGUUAACCUUCUCUGAAGCUAGAUGCAUACAUAUCCGGGAUCCAGCAGAAGAGGCAGGUGGAAGUAAUCUCUUCCUUUGUGGUGCAGUUCUGUGGGUUUUCCACCGUUUUCCAUUGCGCGACCGAUUUCAGCGGAUGCUUGCGAGCCUGGAAAUGUGAUAUGUGUUAUUAUUUGGAAAGAAAUCUAGCAAAUUAAAGUGUGGCAAGUGUUACGGGAAAAUUGCUUCCUCCCGGAGGUGGUUCAAGUUGUGUUCUGGGUCGAGGGCAGGAGAAAUUAUUGUACUGCAGUUUGCCUGCAAAUGAAUAGUGAAAGUAUUGUGGUUUACUGCUCUAUUUCCUGAUGCAUUUCACCUUUCGUCGAUCAACUUCUGCGAUUUGUUUGUGUUGGUGAUAGUUUACGAAAAAAGCUGUAAGCUGCAUUUCAACGCUACCAGUAAGGAAAUAGAGUGUGUGUUUAGAUUUGUUUAGUGUUUUCGCCUGUGUGGGGAAACAUUCAGUGGCAGUAAAAGUAGCAAUUAGUCACUAAACAUGCUAGUAUAAUACAAUUUACUACGUUCGAUUUUAUCAAAAUUCGGCCUUGAAUAGGGUCUAUAAGGGGGUAAUAUCAGAUCCUAGUAUCGUUUGUUAUUUCGCCAACCAGCCACGAAAGGGCAAAAGAAGCGUGAAGCCUAGUGGGAGGUGUCGAAAUCAUUGUUUAUGCAAAUUAUGUCCGUGUAACAUGUGAUCAGCGUUUCCGUGUGGCGUUUUGUGGAACGAUUUGGGAAUAGUUGAACAGUGGGUUCGUGACCGGGAUCUGAAUGGUUUCUAUAGCAUCCACGCGUGAAAUGGAUAGCAAACUGCCAUAAUCAUGAAACAUAUCCCAAUAAAUGUGUCUCUGUGUGCGUGUAUUCCCCGAAGUGCAAUUAUGUGAAUAUUGCUUCUAUGUUGAAAGCGUUGUCGUUUCUUGUCAAAAAAAAUAUCGUUUUGUCGGUGCGAUAGAAGGAAAAUCAUCAAUAUUUCAGAGUGUGGAAUCGGAAUAGCGUAUUCGGUUUCGAGAGCAUAUUAUUGUAUGUGUCUGGUUGUGAAUUUUAUUGCUGAUCCACCGACAGCGAAAUAAUAUUUUCCAAAUGUUCCUUUCGAUGGAUUUUCAAUGCCUGAAGUGUUCCAGUGUGUUUUCAGUUGCAAAAUUUAACGUCAGUGGCAAGGAAAAUUCAAAAAUGGAAUAACGUGCUGUGGAAUACUGCUUAUGGCUUAUGUCGUUUCAACUGCUGUUGGGAAAAAAUGUGAGCAGAAUGGUGUCCAUCACAAGUAAAAGCCCACUUGUGCACGAAGGUGAAACGUGAAGAAAAUUCUGCGAAAUUUGGAGAGAGCAAAUAUCUCAUGAUUGAAUUAUUACUUCAAGUGAUUCGGAAACCUCCCUUCCCAAAACUGCUUUGAGCGGUCGUAUUUUACAAACCGGCCCAGCCUACUCUUGUUGAGUAGAGGGGUCUGAUAGUUAUCGCGAAAAAGCGUGUGUAGAAAAUUAUCAUUAUCAUCAUACAUAAAAACAGUUAAUUCAAUAUUGAAAUCUGAUGCCGACCGGGGAAUUUUCCACGAGAUAGCAAGCUAGCAUCCACGCGGGUGGGAAAGAAGUAGAAGAGAAGAAAACUUUGAAAUUAAUUUUCAUAUCCCCUGAAGCAAAUCACAACCACUUCAUAAAAAAAUGCGCCACCUCAUCGGUUUCAGCGUUCGAGGCAAUACCGCUCUGUAAAUAACAACAACCGGAAUACAAAUUCGAGCUAACUCCCACGCACACUACAUUAAGACAAAAAAACGUCCACUAGAGACAGCAAUAAACAGCGAAUCAAUUACAGCUCAAUUGGUUAUAAUCGUCAAACAGCAACCCCGCGAACUCACAGACAUCGCGCAUUGAGUCCCCCCCCCCCCACCGAACAGCCGACAGCCGGUGGAUUUAAGGCGUGCGUGUCUGUGAGACAAUUUCAUGACGGAAAAAUGAUUACACAGAAAAGGAAUGCCAAACCGAAGCAAGGCAGACUACGAUGGGGUCUGAAGAAAAUCUGUUGGGGACUCAUAAAUAUCACGGUACCGAGGCGCACCGCUCGAAGUUGGAUCGAGGCGAAUUUCCAAAAGCGCGAGUGCGUCAAGUAUGUCCCCAACGUGAAAAAUGAGGAUGUAUGCUGCUGUGGACAGGAACGGCGAACGCACCAGCUCGUACCGGGAAUCGAACCGGGCGUUGUGGGAGACUUUUGGCAACCGCAAAAACACACCAGACCGCAACCAACAGAUGCCUAUGGGACGAUCGAGUUCCAAGGUGGUGCACAUCCCACAAAAGCUCAGUACGUUCGUCUAUCGUACGACACCCGACCCGAGCUGCUGGUUCAGCUCUUCACCCGCGAGUGGAAUCUCGAGCUUCCGAAGCUGCUUAUCACCGUGCAGGGUGGGAAGGCGAAUUUCGAGCUGCAACCAAAGCUGAAAAAGGUGCUCAGGAAAGGACUGCUCAAGGCGGCAAAAACAACCGGCGCCUGGAUCUUCACCGGGGGAACUAACACAGGUGUCACGAAGCAGGUCGGUGACGCACUGCUACUGGAGGGACAGCAACGUUCCGGCCGGGUCGUCAGCAUUGGCAUCGCUCCGUGGGGCAUCGUCGAGAGGAACCACGAGCUGCUGGGGCACAAUCGGGAUGUUCCCUGUCAUAGUAUCAGCUCGCCACGCUCAAAAUUGGCUGUGUUAAACAACCGUCACGCGUACUUUCUCCUAGUCGACAACGGCAGCCAGGGACGGUACGGUGCGGAACUGAUCCUGCGGCGGAAGCUGGAAAAAUACAUAUCCAAUCAAAAGUUGCAACCCUAUAAAGCACUUUCGGUUCUAAUGAAUUUUCAUUACAAAGUCACGCACUCGAGCACUCCCGUAGUCUGCUUGGUAAUCGAAGGUGGCACAAACACAAUCCGAGCAGUGCUAGAAUAUGUCACCGAUAACCCGCCAGUGCCGGUAGUGGUAUGCGACGGUUCGGGCCGGGCUGCCGAUUUGAUCGCAUUUGUACAUAAGUAUGCCUCCGAUACAGGUGAACAGGUUGUGUUAGAAUCGAUGCAUGAGUAUCUGCUGGGCACGAUACAGAAAACAUUCGAGGUGGGACCAGAACAGGCCGAGCAGCUCUAUCAGGAGUUGAUAUUAUGCACUAAGAAUAAGAAUUUAAUAACGGUUUUCCGAAUACAGGAUCGACCCGAGGGACACGUUCAGGAGCUCGAUCAAACCAUACUGACUGCACUUUUUAAAUCCCAGCACUUGAGUCCACCGGAGCAGCUGAGUUUGGCGUUGACCUGGAACCGGGUGGAUAUUGCUCGAUCCGAAAUAUUCGUGUACGGUCAAGAGUGGCCUCACGGUGCCCUGGACGAAGCAAUGAUGCAAGCACUAGAACACGACCGAAUAGACUUCGUCAAGCUGCUGCUGGAAAAUGGAGUUUCGAUGCGAAAGUUCCUAACGAUACCUCGACUGGAGGAAUUGUACAACACGAAACACGGACCGGCAAAUACGUUAGGGUACAUUUUACGGGACGUUCGGCCUCACAUACCAAAGGGAUACGUUUACACCCUGCAUGAUAUUGGGUUAGUGAUAAAUAAGCUAAUGGGAGGGGCUUAUCGGUCUUACUACACAAGACGAAAGUUUCGGCCAAUCUACGCUAAGGUUAUGAACAGCUACGUCAACACUCACCGAAAACCGUCUACAUUUGCACGUUCCGCCGGGAUCAACUCGAUGAGUUUGGUCACCGGACUAUUACCGGUUACAUCCGAUAUGGCCUUAUUUGAGUUUCCAUUCAACGAACUUUUGAUUUGGGCUGUGCUUACUAAGCGGCAACAGAUGGCGCUGCUGAUGUGGACACACGGGGAAGAAGCACUCGCCAAGUCGUUGGUGGCCUGCAAACUGUACAAAGCGAUGGCACACGAAGCUGCCGAUGAUGAUCUAGACACGGAAAUUUAUGAAGAGUUAAGAAGCUACGCGAAGGAAUUUGAAUCGAAAGGGCUGAAGUUGCUGGAUUUCUGCUACCGGCAGGAUGCGGAACGUGCUCAACGGCUACUCACGUGUGAACUACAAUCAUGGUCUAGUCAAAGCUGUCUGUCGCUCGCCGUGGCGGCAAAUCAUAGGGCGAUACUGGCCCAUCCCUGUAGUCAAAUCAUUCUUGCCGAUCUGUGGAUGGGUGGGUUAAGGACGAGAAAAAAUACUAAUCUUAAGGUUAUUUUGGGACUACUGGUGCCCCCUUUCGUUAAGAAGCUGGACUUUAAAUCGAAGGAGGAACUACAACAGAUGCCCCAAACCGAGGAGGAGCAUCUUGAGAAUCAAUGUCUCGACUACGAUGACAACGGCAAGCACAAUCCAGACGCAGAGAAAACGCAUGACCCGACACCCACGGAUAAUGAGAAACCCGUGUGCGAUCACAGCCGGACACCGUCCGCGCAGGCGCUUUUGUCCGACACGUACUCUAUGAAAGAUACCAAAGUGCAGGAGAAUGGAAAAUUUGACGGAUUACUAACAACGUUCACGGUAGGUCUGACCGGAUGUCUAAAGGCAAAAGUUUCACUGACGGACUCGGAAAACACUCAGUACAAGGACUACAUGUACGACCACGACGUACGCCACCGGCCGCUCAAAUUGAAGAAAAAGUUUUACGAGUUUUACACCGCCCCCAUCACCAAGUUUUGGGCGGAUUCGAUGGCCUACGUGCUCUUUCUGGUACUGUUCACGUAUACGGUGCUGGUUCGGAUGGAACCGUACCCAAGCUGGCAGGAGGUGUAUUCGAUUGCGUACAUCACUACGCUGGGCUGUGAGAAAAUAAGAGAAAUUGUUUCCUCGGAACCGGUGGCGAUCUCGCACAAAUUCUCCGUUUGGGCGUGGAACAUGUGGAACCCCUGCGAUGCCGCUGCCAUCAUCUUCUUCCUCAUCGGUCUAGUACUUCGGUUGCGACCUUACACGAUGGACAUCGGGCGAGUGAUAUACUGCGUAGACAGCAUCUACUGGUAUUUGCGAAUAUUAAACAUCCUCGGUGUCAAUAAGUAUUUGGGACCACUAGUGACGAUGAUGGGAAAGAUGGUGAAGAACAUGAUUUAUUUCGUCGUGCUGUUGUUGGUGGUGUUGAUGAGUUUCGGUGUUAGUCGGCAAGCCAUUCUAUUCCCGAACAACGACGCCAGUUGGCGGCUGGUGCGAGAUGUGUACUAUCAACCUUAUUUCAUGUUGUACGGAGAGGUGUUUGCCGAUGACAUCGAUCCACCUUGCGGGGAGGACCCUUCGCAGCCGCAGUGUGUGACAGGUCACUGGGUUACGCCUAUCGCCAUGUCUAUGUACCUUUUGAUUGCUAACAUUCUGCUAAUUAAUCUGCUGAUUGCAGUGUUCAACAAUAUUUUCAUAGAAGUAAACGCUGUGUCGCAUCAGGUUUGGAUGUUCCAGCGAUUCACUGUUGUGAUGGAAUAUCAGCAAAAACCCGUCCUGCCGCCUCCGCUAAUAGCGUUCUGCCACUUUUACUCUUUCCUACUGUACUUAAUAAGAAAGGCGAAAGGUCUGCAGCAAUCACGAGAUAAUGGGCUAAAAUUGUUUCUCGAAAAAGAGGACAUGGAACGGUUGUAUGACUUCGAGGAAGAGUGCGUCGAAGGUUACUUCCGGGAGCAGGACGCUCUGCUGCAGCAAUCGACUGACGAACGCAUCAGGAACACCGACGAGCGGGUGGAAAAUAUGUCCCAGAAAAUUGAGGAUAUCAAUCAGAAGGAAAAUAUGCAAACGGCGACGGUUCAGAAUAUUGAAUUUCGCCUUCGAAAGGUGGAGGAAUCGGCGGACCAGAUUCUCUCCCAUUUGGCUGUGAUACAUCGGUUCAUGUCGACCCACACACAGAUUCAGGAUAAUCUGCACGGAUCGACUAGUAAUGUAAGCGGAACGGGUAUGCUCGGAAUAGGACCAGGAGGAGGUGGAGGAGGUGGAGGAACAGCAGCGGGAGUAGUAGUGUUUGAUACUCGCACGAGGACCAUAUCGGAAACUGAUAGCAAUAUUAUACCAAUUAAUCCGAAAAAGAAAAUCAAUCGAUCGCUGACGGAAGUGCGACCGGACGCAUACAUUUUCGACGAUGGGAUGCAUUUUGAGGUACGGACGGUACCGGAGGAGAACGAGAGCGAUCGUUCUCCAGAGAAGACACAUACGACUUCACAAGACCGCAAGCUGUCGAUUCGAUCGGAAGAGUCCGACAUGUACCUGCCACCAUCGAAGGCUCUAUCGCCGGCGGAAUCGGCCGGUUUGGGUAGCAAUCCAACAAAAUCCAAACAACCAUUUCUGAACGUGCGACAGGAAACGACCAGCACGGAAAGUAAGGAUACCCUAACGCCACUGGAAAACUGUGAUGAUCGCACAUUGAUAGGCGACGAAUCCGUAGAGGACAUCGUCGACACCAACUACGACGGACUGCGACAACGGGUGGCCGCAGCCAGAAGAAGGAACAGCUCCAUGCCUGGUGCUGGACGUAGGAAUUCGGAAAGCGCGUCCGGAUUCGAUAUCAACAAGUCGCAGACUAGUCUACAUCAACUAAAUAUGAUCAAGCGGCAGCAGAGUAUCACUCAGUCGGAGCCGGAUAGUGGAACUGAGCAGCCCGUCCAACGACCUCCAACUAGAGGGCGACAGCUUUUACUACAGAUUCACGCGGAGUACACAUCUAUCACGGACGAGCUGGAGAGUGUCUGCCACAUGAUUACUUCCCCAACAUCGUCCUCUCGAGAGGAACGUCCCAAAAAUGUAAAUGAAAUGAGCAAUCCUGAAUUUGCCGCUCUUAUUGAGAAGAGACACUUGAAGGAGUGCGAAGACAGUGAUUACCUAAUGUUGGAAAAACUUCUGCAGACGCGGUGUUCGAUAGACGAGGGCGACGAAAUGUUUGACGAUAUUCAUGAUGACUACGGUCAUCGGAAAAUGCUUCGCCGCGAGACAGCUAUCGAACUUCCGAUUACACCAUCGAAGUCCAAUAUCGUUUCUUUGGCGGAUAGCGCAGCCGGAAACGAAGAAUUCAGUAUCAAGAACGAACGACAAUCGGUCUCGAAUCGGAACUCGCUCCGUGAGUCUAAAAAUUCCCCAGUGUCCUUAUCCGGGCAAAACUCUCCCCGAAACUCGCAGUAUCUACAAUCUACAUAUCUUAACCCAUCGUCAUUCGAUGCGUCCAAUCGAAUUUACAAGAAAUCAUGCGAGAGUUUACAGAAGAAUUCCAGCACUGACACGGAUUAUUCUCUCCAACCGUAUAAGUUCAUAAAGCAGAGUUCCAACGAGACAAACAGCUCGUUCAACAUCGAUAACUCGUCGAUGACAAACGAUCUCUCGAUGGACGGGGAAACGAGUCUGAAUUCGACCGUAAUCGAAUUGUUGGCCGGAAUGAACUGUCCUCCGGAAGAUCGGUUAGGUUUCACCAAGCGAACAUCCUCGCUUGGCAGUGCAACCGUGGCUAAAUCUUCUGAGUCCCGGCCAGGUUUCCUAAAAAAGCAGUUUAGUAUAGAAAAAUCGGCCGGAUCGGGAAAGGCUUCAAGUUCAACGCCAGAAGGGUUGGAACGUCUGGCGCCGCCCACGAAGCCAGCUCCAGUAGGUAAUGGUGCGAGUAAACCUAUCAAAUCCACCCGUUUCACCGACAAUCUCAGUGUACUUGGAACCAAGACUGCAAUGGCACUAUUGAAGGAGAGUAGCUCCACUAGUACUGAGGACACGCAAACUUGCCCACUGAGGGAACCAAUCCCAUGUAUCAGCACAAAUCUGGUACAGGACGAAAUCGCUAAACUGUCGUCCAAUAUCAAGAGCAGCACCGAGGAGGACACGGAUCCACCGAUCAACGAAACCAUGUGCUGAUUUUAGUUGUACAUUUAGUCGGUAAGGCUAUGGCAGAAUCACACUUACCCCGAGGCACACAUUCCCCUCCGCUGUACAAAAGGGAAAUCCCCCACCUGUUUGAACCGCCGACCUGAUCGUUUCAUCCCUGCUGGUUGGAUGGAUCAACCUGAAAGUCACCACCACUUUGGCAGUGCCCAGUGGAUCCUCCUCAUCGGGCAUUGGCGGCAUAAUAGCUAUACAUAGUAGUUAACAGAUGGCACGUUGGAUUAUGAGAACCGCAUUACAGAUGUUAUAGAGUUUUUAAAAAGAGUUGAUGCAUCGAGUUUUAGUGUUGAUAGGACGAUUGAACGUUUGAUAGAUAGAGUUGACCGGAUAUUUGGCUUUAGUCUACUGGAAAAUUAUUUUGAAUUAUUCGUAGUUUUGUGUUUAACGGAAGCUUGAUUUUAGUGGCAGAUAUUGUCAACUAAAAUAGCUGGUAUGAACCAGCUGGUUCAAUAAGAUCCAAUCGAAGUCUGCUAAAAUUAUUAAAAUGAAAAAGUUUAGAUUUAGCAGAGAAGCCUAUGGCUAGCAGAGUUUUCACUGCUAAGUAGUGACGUAUUUUUUCGAUUAACGCAAAUAAUCGAUUGUUCUCCAAAAUAAUCGAAAAAUCAAUAAUAGAUUUAUCGACCACUUGAUUCACGAAGGGGUUGCCAGCGCCAAAUAUGAAACUAGCUGAACAAAAUGACACGCGCCUCAAAAAAUACUCAGCGACCUUAGUAUUUACUACCUACUCGAUUAUUGACGUUAGUCGAUUAAUUGAUUCAAUUAAUCAAGCUCUCGAAAAUGAUUCGCUUAGCGGAUAAUAACUACUGCUGAGUGCUGAUGAAAAUAAACCUAAUGCGAAUUGUGCUGAAUGGAAUAAACAGUCAUUCAAUAGUCCGUGUGACUCAUAGAAUUGAAUAUCGUGCACAUCAUAGCCAUUUCAAUCAGGGCCGGCGGAUAGCGUGGGUAGUAUAGGUAGUAUUACCUAUUUGAAAUUAACCGAGUGGCCACUCGAAAUUUUAGACCAAUCCAAAAUUUUGAAAUCAGCAACGCAUGUAUCUCGGGUACACAUUUUAAAACAUCGAUGUACAACAAUACCAUUUGCACAAACGCACAUUUGUAUUGUGAAAAUGGGACAAAGUCCUAGUAAUAGACUCCUGAUCCUAUGUUUACUACCCACUCAGGCUAAAAGUGUAACGCCGGCCCUGAUUUCAAUAAAUGUUUAUGAAAAUGUCUCCAAAUAAUGGAACACAUCUGCCACAUCGGAACUGCCCGCUCUAUUUAUUUAUUUACCAGCCGAGGAACAGCUCAAGAAGCAGCCCGGCUGCCAAUGUAAAAACAGUGCAGAAGGAAACAAAGAAAGGAAAAAGAACAAACGCAUAAAGGAAGCAUCGCCCGAAAUAACGACCCCAAACGAAUUCCGGCCUCCCCCUUUGAAAAAGUUUAUUGCCGGAAAAUCGACGACCACCGAACCAUUGGAUAUGACAACGGAUUUAGUGACCACCAACCAAAACCGCUACGAUACUGCAAACUCAGACACUAACACCGAAGCUAUGAGUGUAACGGACAACGACUCCGAAUCUGGUACUCUUGUUGUCAACCGGAAAUAGAAGAAGAAUAAUCCUCGACCUCCCAAUGGCCCCAUACAACAAUAAUAGCCGAAGAAAAGAAGCUAGCAAUCCCAUUGACAACACAUUCGCACUACAAUGGAACAACGCCGGAUUACGCCACAGACUACCCGAACUACAAUUAUUCAUUAACCAAUACUCUCCCAGCGUAUUUGCUCUUCAGGAAACUAAGGCAUUGCUCAGCAGUUCACCCACUAUCAAAGAUUAUGAUAUCCAUCUCGUCGAAGGAACAACCCACAAACACCAUCAUGGAGCAGCUUUGGGGGUGUGAACAGGUAUUCCCCAAAAUCGCCUUCCAAUCAACACCGAGAGGCAGGCAGUAGCCGUCCAGAUUGACACCGGAAGCAAAAACACAGUCGUCAUUAUAUAUAUUUCUCCAAACCACAGUCAGUCGGUUAGCAAAAUCGAUCAACAACUCAGGGACCUGAUUCGUCAGCUACCCGAACCCAAAAUUUUAAUGGAUGACUUCAACGCAUCCAGCACCGAGUGGGGAUCUAAGUCAACCAACCAAAGAGGAAGAAUGAUUGAGAAGCUUAGCACCGACUACGGUCUUGCCGUCCUGAAUGAUGGAAGCUAUACACGAAUCAAUUUCGCCGAUGGAACUACAACAGCAAUCGAUCUCUCGCUUGUUUUUUUGGCAAAUCUCAUCCAGAUUUAACUGGCAGGUUGUUGAUGAUAAUCACGGUAGCGACCAUCUUCCAAUCCGACUGGUCACUAGCCUUUUGACUCCAACUGUUUGUGCAAAACCGCGAUGGCGAUACGACAGCGCAAAUUGGGAACUGUACCAGGACGAAAUACGCAGCCAACUAGACCCCACAAAAGACUACACGAUCGCCGAAUUCAAUCAACUGAUUUUUGACUCGGCAAAAAAACGAUACCUUGAACAACAGAAUUACCAGGACCAAAAGCUGUGCCUUGGUGGAACGAAACAGUUGAAAAGGAAAUAAAAUUGAGAAGAAGAAAAUUUCGAGCACUACGGCGCCUGAAUGGAACGGACACAAGAAAGGAUAUGGCACUGAAAAACUUCCAAAAAGCAAGGGCUAAUGCAAGAAAAGCGAUAGAAGAAGCUAAGAAAGCCAGCUGGGAAAAGUUCGUAGGUGAAAUUAAUCCUAUCACCACAUCGCAGAAACUCUGGAGUAACAUCAACGCACUCAGUGGAAAAAGAAGGUGUAAUAAAAAAUAUCUUCGAAUCGACGGAACAAUAACCAAAGAACCUGCCGCCAUGGCGGAGUCACUAGCGACUCAUUUCGCCGCUGUCUCCGCAACCGCAGGCUAUCCAAAAGCCUUUCAAGAACGGGAAGCACAGGAGGAGAAAAAAGAGCAUAACUUCGAUGUGGCUCCCACGGCGCUGGAUGCCAACUUGAGCCUGAGUGAAUUAACAUGGGCACUUAAUAAGGCUGCAGGCAAAUCGGAAGGUCCGGAUCGUAUCGUCUAUCAAGUAGAAAAACAACUUCCCAUCCAAGCCAAACUAACGCUACUCGACAUCUACAACGGUGUCUGGAGUAGCGGCAUCGUCCCCGCUGAGUGGAAGAAAGCUACUGUAAUCCCGCUCAAGAAAACCAUAUCAUUGACCAGCUGUGUCGGAAAGGUACUGGAGAGGAUGGUAAAUCGACGGCUGGUUCACGACAUCGAGUUGAAUAAGCGACUAAAGAGCCAACACAUCUUGAGACGGUGCUGGAAAAUGCGAUUCAAUCCGACAUGCAUGCAAAUGUUGUUCUUCUCGACCUGUCAAAGGCCUUCGAUAGAACAUGGAGGUACCCCCAAUCGUCACAACCAUCAGUGAAUGGAAACUUGUUAGCAAAAUGCUAAGGUACGUACACAGUUUCCUUGGUGAACGGAGUUUUCAUGUGUUUGUUGCACUCUCCGAACGUCAAUCACUCGAAAAUGGGAUCCCGCAGGGCUCUGUGAUAGCAUCAACCCUUUUUUUUAUAUAUUUCAAUUAUAGAGGUUUUAACCUUAAAGGUCAUUUGCCUCUUCGGGUUAGAAAAAUCUCUUAGGAAAAAUUUCUAACCCUAUGUGCGGGGUCGGGACUGGAACCCAGGUGCGCUGCGUACAAGGCAAUCGAUUUACCAAUACGCUACGCCCACUCUUUUCAACAUUGCGAUAAACUUUAUUUGCAAUGCGGUCGCCGAUGACGUCAAAUUUAUACUCUGUGCCGAUGAUUUAAUUAUAAUUGCAAUGAGCAAGUUUCCUCGACGUUCACGAGCACAUGCACAAACCGUACUUAAAGAAGUGAUAGCUUGGGCUGGCCAGCACGGACUGCAAUUUUCAACAGCAAAAUCACAACUACUACACGUUUGUGCCGGCGGCUCACACAGAAAGUUGCCAGAACUGGUAACAACUGAUAGAACCAUUCGGCAGGUUAACGUAGCGAAGAUACUCGGAGUUCAAGUGGACUCAAAACUGAAAUUUCUCAAGCAUGCUGACGAACUUGUCAAGAACUGCCAAAGUCGCCUAAGCAAGAUGUGGAAGAUCUGCUGGUGGCAGCCGCCAGACACUUUUUAAAAUCGGAAACAGCAUCCUCCUGUCGAAAAAGACUAUACAGUCGUGGUGUUGACAAAGUUAUUAAGCGCAUUCAGCCACUCUACCAUACAGCGAUUCGACCAAUCUACAUAGCCCUUAGAACCAGCCCAAUACCCUCGCUACUAUCUGAAAGUGGACAGCUUCCUUUUGAACAUGUGAUGACCGGGUGCCUCGUCGGCAAGGCGACCAGCUGGUUGGAGAAACGCUUCAUAGAGGAUGCUUUCGCUUGCCCUACGGUUAGAAAAGCAUCGGAGUGGUUAAAUAGACUGACAAACCAGAGUAUACCCAUGAUCAGCGUCCUCAGCAGGCUAAGCGAUCGAGCCUGGAACGCAGAUGCGCCUGAAAUCGACUGGAGAAUCAAACAACAAAUUCAUGCCCAUGAAGCCAUUUUCAGGCAAAUUCAGCAAAGCCAAUACUCAUCAUCAUUGGAGCUUUUUACUGACGGAUUCCUAAACGAGGACAGCGUAGGGCUUGAAGUGUUCGGUAGAAAUACAAACAUUAGCAUACGAAUUCUCGAAAGCUGUACAAUAUUUUCUGCCGAGCCGCUUGCAUUACUGAUAGCCUCAGAAAAUGCUUCAAACUCGCAGCACACAGUCGUCUUCAGCGAUUCAGCCAGCUGCCUACAAGCGCUGGAACAUGGAAAGUCUCGACAUCCAUGGAUACAAGCGGUGAAAGAUGCCUCUGCAAACAAAAACAUCAGUUUCUGCAGGGUGCCCAGCCUCUCCGGCAUUGAAGGUAACGAGAAAGCGAUUCGUCUAGCUGGAGAAGGACGAACGAAAGAAUGCAAAAAUGUACCAGUACCAGCCAAAGAUUUUAAAAAUUUCACCAAACUACUACUUCGACAAACCUGGGAGAAUGAGUGGAAAACAUGCGGUAAAUUUACCCGGAGAAUCAAACCAACGACCAUGGCGGGGAAAUAUCUGUCCAAUUCCUCGGAGCAAACAGUCCUCACCAGACUACGGAUUGGGCACACUAUGCUCACUCACGGGUAUCUAUUCGACCGGAAAGAGAAGCCUCGUUGCUGUGGAGUGGACCUGACGGUGGAACACCUACUGAGAGAUUGCCAGCGUUACCAGCAGAAUAGGGAUAGAUUUUUAAACAACCUUACGCUAGGAGAAAUCGUUGGACCAGAACACGAAUAUAACUUCUUCAAUUUUCUUAAAGCAGAAAACCUUAUAAGACUUCUCUAACCUUUGUUAAAUUAAAUGUAUAUAUCUUUAAAUAGUAGCGUGCCGAAUGAUUAAUUUUAUUUAAAGUCACGUAAAUAAAACAAUCAGCUUCAACCAACACAUGAUUUGUCCACCUACCUCCGCUGUCCCGCCUACCGAUAGGUCACUGUGCAGACCAACUAGGCGCAGGCCCUUUGUCCAAUAGCCAAAUGUUUGCGGCAUCCAAUGAAAUAUCAAAACAGAAAUUGGAGUCCUCGCCCAGAAGAAUCUACUAUUGGUAUCGGCUCACACGGAAGGCCAUCCAUCGCAAAAUCUAGCUACCAUUCGAACCAAUACACACUACAGUGGUAUAUAAAUAGCCCAAGAAACAACCUCGGAGACCUGCAGAGGACAAACCCUAUUUGCCUAGCCUUGCAGGAAACACGCCUCCGGAGUGAAAUUGAUCCGACCCCCUGACUCAACAAUCGCUACUCCUGGGAGGCCUCGUCCGAAGCCAACAUUCAUCAAACGAUCGAUCUAGCCAUUCGAAUAGACGUACCGGUAGCAAUGUACACGGACCUGAUAGCAGUUUCCCGAAGGAAUAAUUAUCCGUUCGCGUGUACAGUGCUCUCAAUAGACAUCCCCGAGUGGUGUGAACAAGUAAAAGUAGUAAAAUUGAAUCAACUUAUUGACCAACUCCAUUCGGUCUACUCGAUGCAACCGCCGUGGCAACGACAUCCUCCAAACAGUGAAAAACAAUGACCUCAUAACAUUUAACUACGGGGCCAACUACUUUCCUGCAGGGACGAACCAUGUCCUCGCUUGACCUUAUCAUCUACUCUCAUUCCACCGCAAAGAAGCUCUUGUGCGCCGCCCUUCAUGACCAGAGAGGAUGUGACCACUACCCGUUCCACAUUUCCCAUGACCGAAUACCUUCGACGGUAACCAGACAAAAACGCUAGCUUUAUAAUAACGCUGACUGGGAGGCGUAAGAGUCAAACCCAGCUGACAGAAUCGAACCGGAUCGGAUAUACUUACCAGAGGAAAUCGGCGACAUCAUCAUCUAAGCGGGAAACUCAGAAGUAGCCCAACUAAUUUAUGAUCGCAGGAGGGUACACUGAACUCUUCGAAGGACAUCCCUUGUUCACCCUCUCUGGGAAAAACGAGUCGGUAACUACCGCCAACUUCGCAACACAGUCUGAAAAACUAUCACCGAUGCCAAAGUAGCCAGCAGGAACGAUUUGCUUGAUGGGAUCCAUACUGAUUCACCAUCCAGCGAACUGUGGAGAUAUAUCAACGCAUUAAGCGGGAUAUGAAGACACUUCGGAUACUCGCUUGAAAUCAACGGCAUCACAACUACCCAACCGAUAGAGAUUUCCAAUUAGUUAGUCUGUUACUUUUCCUCUCUAUCGGACAACCCAUCUUUUUCGCCAAUCUUGCUUAGGAGGAAACAACAAGCAGGGCUAUCUCCAAUCGUUUUUUUCGCCCCACAAUGACCCCGAGUACAAUUAGUUGUUCACGGGAAUGGAACUUACGGCGGCACUGACCCAAGCAAAAGAAAAAGUCACUGAUAUCGAUACUAUCGGAUAACCCCUCUUGAAACAUCUGCCUCCAGAAGGAAAAAGGGCCCUGGUGGCCAGUUACAGGCGUGUCCUUCCACGAGUCUUGGAAUACCGCCCUCAUUAUAUCACAUCCCAAAAGGAAUUAAGACUCGAGGAUCCCCAAAGACAUUCAACCUCUAAGCCUGUUACCGUGCACCGGAAAAGUCAUGGAACGGAUGGUCAACAGAAGACUCGUUGCGCUUUGUGAAUCAGAAGACCGUCUUGACCGUCGUCAAUUACCUUAUCGCAAAGACCUUGGAAACGGCGUUUAGCUCGGAUCUUUCCGGGAAAUAGUCGGGUAGGUUGUCGUUGAUGGAAGGCACAUGGAUAUCGCCUUUCUCAAUUUGAAUGAGGCCUAUAAUACCUAUAUACUAUAUAAUACUAUCUAAUCAACUGAGUACGGAUCCCUGACAUAGUCCAGUUUCCAUAUUUUUCUCGCUUGAUAUCUGUCCGUUUGCUCGAGCUCUGAAACAUCUUUUCCGCAGCGAUUGGUACAAAUCGUCUGGGUAUGAAGAUUCAGCCCAUAGUCGGUUAUACGCUGAUAAUAGUAUAAUUUUGCAGUCGUGAGGGAGCAUGGAAAUCAUUUUGUAAUGGGCAGUGUCGAGACCUAGCGACGAACCGCGAGUUCCUUAGAGGGCCCUUUCUAGCUCGUAUAAGGUAAAUGGUUUGUUACGGUCGGUGUGCUGUUGGUCUGGGAAUCAAUGGUGUUGUUUCUACCGUUGUUUUGUGGGACAAAACUCCGGGGUGUAGUUAUUGAUGCUGGAUACUGUUUCAAAGUGGGUUGCCAGCGCCUCGGCUAUCUCACAAUCAUUUUUCGCUGUUUCUCUACCGGCGUUUAUGCGCGUUUGGCUGGCUUUCCCUUGCAUGUUGCGAACGUUUCUCCCUAGCUCCGCAGAGGUCGUAUGCACGUUGAAGCUUCCGACAAAUUCUUUCCACGACGUUCGUUGUGCUUCGUUGAUCACUUCCCUGGCGGUCUGGCGUGCCCUCCUAAACUCGUCCACCAGAAGAUUGUUACCUAAUACUGUUUUGUUUUUGCGAUUUCAAUCUUCUCAGCGCUUUUCGGCGGCCUGCAGCAGUAAUGUCGUUGUUCCACCACGGUACAGUUGUUUUUCGCGGGAUUCUACUAGAUUUAGGGAUGGCUUUUUCUGCAGGUUGGAUGAUUGCGGUAGUAAUUUCUUGCAUCUGUUCAAUUGCAUUAUCCUUUUCUCUGAAAAUCACGGAACUUUGGUAUGUACUCCGUUUAUUCUCUAUCUGGAGACAUACUGUUGUUCUUUUUGUUGGGAUUCUGGGAUCGCUAUCGACAGUGGUAACUGAUCGCUGCUAUGGCUGUCUUCCAGUACGUUGAAUUCUAGUCGACCUGCUAACUCGGGUGAGCAACAAGCAAUGUCAAUGCAAGAUUCGUCACCGCUCGCGUGAUUAAUGUAAGAUAAAUCCCCGUUGUUAAGCACCGUUAAUUCGCGAUCGUCGAUUACUUGUUCGAUCACUCUCCCUCACCUGUUAGAACUUCUCGACCCCCAGAGCGGGUGAUGCGCGUUUAUAUCACCAACAAGAAGCAUGGGUUUUGGUACUUGAUCGAUCAUUGAACCUAGUUUCAGGGCAGUAAUUGACUGUCCGGGUGACAAGUAAACAUUCGGAACGGAAAUAUUGAGUGGAGGAUCUACCUGAACUGCGAUGGCUUCGAGUUCACUGUUGAUUAAUAUCUUCUUGUAGUCUAAACCGAUUCUUACGUCGCGACAGUUAUAACACCACCUGCUGCUUUCUUUCACUGGAACGUUGUUGGUGGACCCUGUUGAAUCCACUGAUAUUUGCUUGGAUACCGGUAGAGCACAUAGUCUCUUGGAGGCAUAUUAAGAAAGGUUGCUGUUCAUUGAUCAUAAGGUUGAUUUCAGGCUUUUUCGCACGGCGACCUUGGAUAUUCCACGAGAUGAUUGCUGGGUUGCUUGUUUUCACGUUUGACUUUGAUGCGUUGGUUUUUACUUGCAUGAUGAAGGUGAUUUGCGAGGAGAUCUCCAUUUCGCUAUACUCACGUUCUGAACUUUCAGUGCAGAUCUCUUUUAGUUGGACUUUUGUAGGUUUUCCGCUUCCACAUUUCUUCUGUCUUUAGUAAAGUUUGUCGUCGCUGCUGAUUUGAUAUACGAACUCUUUCUUCAACCGUUUCGGUUUUGAGGAGGAUGAUGAUGAGUCGCUUUGCUCUUCUUUUCCACUUGUUUGAUUUCGCGUGCUGUACUGUUUUGAUGAUUCUGGUUUUGCUUUGUUGCAAUCGCUGGUUUCCUUUGGCGUUUUCUCGUCACGAUUCGGUUUUGAUGUUGUUACUAUAGGUUGUGGCUUGAGGUUCGGUGUUGUAAUUUGGGUUGACUCUACGUUGCGGGAUUGCAUUGAAAGCAGCGCAUCGGUCGUGCAUGGCACCGUCGCGUAGCUACCUUCUGAAACCCUACUUUGAUGUCCUCUGGCAUUGUAGCUUUUGAGAUCGUUAGUACGAAAGUUGUUUUGACCUUGAUUUCUCCUUGUUUUCGCAUAAUCCUAUACACUGAUGUAACCCCUUGCUCGCGAAGGUUCUCCAGAAUCUCGUCGUCGUUUUCGUCUUGCGAGUCGCGGCAUGUGAUAACUAUCCGGCACGAAUUCAUGCUUUCAUGUUCCACGACUGUGAUGUUUGUAUCACUCGUCAUACUUUUAAGUUUUAGUAAUUUGUCGGCUUGUUUGUCCGUGAACCAGUAAUUUGCCGAUGGCGCCGGUGGUUGAGUGGGAAGUGUGAUCGCCAUUCAUUCCAUUUGGCCUGGGUUCAAAAUUCCAGCCGAGGUGGUUGAGAUUUUUCUGAGGUGAAAAAAUCUGAGGUCCUUCGGAAGGGAAGUAAUGCCGUUGGUGGGGACGGGCCAUGAAAUUGGUGGAUCGAUAUCUAGUCCAGGUAGUGGAAUCACCUCUCUGACGUCGGUAAAGAAGAAGUAGAUCCAGGGGCGGCGAAACACUUUACGCCCGAGUGGGUAGAAAGCAUAGAGUGAGGGGUCCAUUAGUAAGGAUUUUUCCCUUUUCGCAAUGCACACGCCUACAUUACAUUCAUAUUAAAUCACGUUCGUUUAUGCAAAUGAAAUUGUGGUACAUUGAUGUUUUCAAAUGUGUGUAGUGCGAGAUUCAUGCGUUGCACAUCUAUUUUGUUUUUGAAAUUGUUCAAAAUUUCGGUUAUUUUCGAGUGGGUAGUACUACCUUCGGCCUCUAGCAAAAAGCAAGUAUCGGACUAACCAUUCCUUCUCUUUCGAUCCGCGAUCUACGUUCGGGCCUGGCCGGCGCCGGUAUUGAUCAAAAACACUAGGAUUACCAGGAGUUGCAUAAUUAUCUACUGAUUCCCUGUGCAACUUCAGCUAGUCUCGAUUGAUAACAGAGUAGCAGCCAGAGGUGGUCGCACAAGCUCAAGCUUUAGUAUGAACCAGUAAUUUGCCAUCUUAAAUCCGCUUCACGUUGGUCACCUCGCGCUACAGCAACUUCUGAUGACCUUGUCGAUCAAAAACGGUGAAACUUUUUCCAACGUUUUGCUAUCAUCCGUGCGUUUGAUGACAAGGUAGCGUCCUUCCGUUCGUUGUGGAAUCAAACCAAACGCUGGGAACCCCUUCCCACUCAUAGCAUAGAUUCUGCUACUGCCGCUGUGGGGGGACAUGGCCCUUUUUGGUUCUUCUCAUUUCUUUUGUUCGGCCACUUUUAUCCACUUUGUUAGCAUGCUUUUAAGGUUGGACAGAGAACGGGUAAAAUUCUCAAACGAAAAAAGCAGUUUUUUUCCACACCGUAGGUCAGAUCUUCAUAAAAAUCAAUCAGCAGUACUGUAACAAGUUUCUACAUACGCUGAUUGAUUUUUAUGAAGAUCUGACAUACGGUGUGGAAAAAAAACUGCUUUUUUCGUUUGCGAAUUUUGCGCAUUCUCUGUUCAACCUUAACGUGUUCUUCUGUAUGGCGUCGCACAGUGGCACCUCUUCAUACAAAGUUGUGGCCAAAUUAUACAAAUUGGUUUAUGUGGCUAAAAACUGGGUUUUUAACUAAUUUUGGAUAGCUGACUGCAUUUCUGCUAUUAGUUUUGAAUUUCCAUAAUUCUUUUUUCGGCUACUUUUAUGAAUACCCAUUUGAAGGCGUUGCACAGUGGCGGAUUUGCCUAAAAACCUGGCCAAAAGUCGAAAAUUUCAUGGUAGUACUUUGGGUUCUAGUACAUAUAUUGUCCUUCAGAUGGUGCUGCCGGAUGCUAUUUUAAGUGAAAAGCUCCAAAAUUUCCAUAUUUGGGGUGUUUACACAUCCAAACAGUUUAAGCCAUCGCGUUUUGCUCAUAUUUUUAUCGAGCGCCCGAAAUAUCAGUAUUAUUCAUUGUAGUUUCAUGACACUCUUGAAGGUUUUCUUAAAACCUAGAUUGCUCUUGUAGUGUGCUAUAAAACUGUAAUUGUUACUUGGGAAGUGUAAUUAGAUUUUGAUGAAAGUGCCGGUUUCGAAUGUGGAAUAAUGGAAAGUUAUGGUGACGCUAUGUACUUUAUUUAUAUGUAUUGAUGUCAAAUGAUAUUAUUUUGUUUGUUUAUAGAAAAUGUCAAUAACUUUCACGCUUUUGUAGCAGACGGCUUCAACAGACAUUUUUGCUAAAUUAAUGAAUUUUUUUUUGUCCACGUAUGUCCACUAUGUUUCAAGACAAUUUGUGUUCCUUGAGCAAUUCGCCAUUUGGAGCAUUAAAGAAUUCUUGCCCGAAUUUGCCCGUUUGUGAGUAAUUCUUGAUUAAGUGGAGACAGAGACGGAUUAUGAGAUUUCCAGUUUAAAAUUUGGACCCGUACUUUUAAUUACUGCUGCACCUCCGCUUGUCAUAGCGAGUUGCACAAUGCUGCAUUUUGAUCAGGAAGAAUUGUGUACUUAAUGGUGAAAAUUUCACCGAGAUUCAUAAACAUGUUCAAAAGUGGAACGCAAAAGACGUAAAUAAUUUGGUCGUUCAUAUUGAAAACCAAUGAAGUCAACAGAAGUGAUCGCCAAAGGUUCCAAAUAUCGAAAAUCGGUUAUGAAUACCAUUCUUGAACGUUAGCGGGGAGCAAUGACCUUUGAUCAUGCAAAGCAGAAACAGAUGUGGAAUAUAUGACUGGAUACUACAAGUGAAAAUCAGUAGACUGGGAUCUCCGGCCGUGAUUUGGCCAAAAAGCUCACAUUGGCGUACACUCCAGUUGGCGAAUUUGUUUGUGAGAAGGUUGACAAUCGUAGCAUGUCAGCAAGCAUGACAACAAAACGUGGUUGCUCAAAACUAUACCAGGAAGCAGUACCAGCAUGUUCUAACCAAGUAUAACGUAUGAAUUUAAAUGGACUCUUCAUCAUAAUAAUGACCUUUGGACAUAUCCUCGGUCAAAUUUAAUUUAAAUAAAACUAUGAAUCUUAGCGAAUUUCAGUUGUUUUCGUAUUUUUGUCAUAUUUAUUUUACAGCUACUGCAAUUUGCAUGCUUGUUGUCAAUUUUCACUCCAUGCAUUUCUUCGUAGAAUUGGCUUAUUUGCUAUAAUUUAGAAAAAUACAAUUUCUUUUUUUUUUAAUUCGUUUAUUUGACACGACUCAAUGCGUUAGCUUAGAGGAGCCGUGGGUCUUUUAUAUAUUUACAAGAUGAAAAAAUAAAAAUUACAAUGCAUUUUAUUUUGAGCCUGUAAGAUCCCGUACGCGCAAUUUGCUAUUGCGAGCGGAGAUCUUUUUUCGCGUCGGGAAGAUGUUCCUUCUCUCGCCAAUUUCGGGGUUAUCCAUGUCACUCUCGUUGUCGUUUAUGCCCGUAUCAGCAUCUUGAUUACUGCCUUGAUACUCGCGAUCAGAUGUUCUUCUUGGCUUCUUGCCCUUGCGGGUCACGAAUGUGAACACUCCAUCCUUGGUGGUGGUUUCUUCACUGGUGGUACUAGUUGUUAACUUUGAAGUACUUGACGCAGCUUUUACAGUUGUCAUUAUUGCCUGAACAGCAGCCACAAAUUUGGCAACCGUUUGCGGUUCAGGUGAAGAUAUUGGAGCUUGGGUGGUGGCAUUUCUUUCUGCAGGUGAGCUUUCCUCAGCGGUUUCUGGCAUUGUUGUCCGUAUUGUGCCGUUUGUUCACAGAACUGGCACGUAUUAGUUUGUCCUUGAUAUGCACAAAGAGUUCGCUGUGUAAUAGUAUUUCCCCCUUCUUUUUUGUACUGCAGGGUAAGGUAGGAUGGAGUGGGUUGGUCUCACCACAAAGCCACCAUUUGAAAUACCUGGGAAGUAGUUUCUCCAUGUGUCCUCCGUAAUAGAUUCCACUGCUCCGAAAUUCGACAUGCAUUUUUUAAUUGCCACUUUGCAAGUAAGUGGAGAUAAAUCAUGUAAUUUAACUUCAACAUUUCCAUUAUCCAUGUAUAUAGGGAUCUUGAUUUCACUUUGUCACAAACAAGCACGUGUUUCAAGUUGUUCUGCGAAAUAAAUCUUUUCGUCUGGGCGAAUUUUUUGAAGGUUAUCAGCACCGCAUGCCUGACGUGUUCUAGCUGUAUGGAGGUGACUUCCGAAAACCGAAGCUGCAUUUUCACCUUCAGCAGAUGUUCCACAUCACGAAUACUUGGUCUUAUGCGAAAUGACCUGAAGUCAAUCGACACUGUGUUAGGCCGAAUAAUCAAUUUUUUUAUGAGACUCAGUCAUCUUGAAAGGUCACCCAAUAAUACAAAAUAACGGUAUCCUUUGUUCUUCAAACAAUGCACACAAGUAACUGUUUUUUUCGUUCGCUUUGCACUGGCUUGAUAUCAAAAUCGUAAUCUGCGCCUCGAAAAACCGUGGUGCACACAAACAAUUUUCGUGAAUUAAAUUGAACAGAAAUCUUCGACAUCACUUGCUUCAACGACAUGUUAAAAAUUCAUUUUUUAUCCAAUUAUCAUAAAAUUUUGAGAAAAUUUUCUUCAAACUAAGAGCAAAAUAAAACAAAUAUUUACAAAAGAAUUACAAGACAUUGAUUUUUGGAGUUUUGUCACUCGUCGUGUCACUGUGCGUCGCUUGCCACUCGGGAUACACCAAGCUUUGUUAUGGUGAACAAAGCGCGAACAGGCAGAGUUUGUAAUCGCUUAUUUUAUCCACAGGCACUAAUUUUUCCACUUCACUCCGGUUGGAGCAGGUAGUUUUGAUAACGAACUGUCGUGUGUGAAAAUUUCCCUCGGAUUCUCGGCGUAAUACACGAAUAAAACGAGUUUUGUUUAUUCAGGUACACUAACCGCGUUGACGCGCUGUUUAUAACCCGAACUCGAAUGGUCUGUCUUAUAUGAAAUUCCGUUUGAUUAGCUCUAGCAGAUGAGUCAAGCCAAGCUGGAGUAAAUCCUUAAGCUUAUUUUUUAUCUCCAAGAUGCAAAAUCUGCAUAAAUAAAAAUAUUUACUUAUUUUUAAUUUUGCGCUGGAAGACCUUUUUGAAGAAAAUAUUCAUACCAAAUAAUCAGAAAGGGAUUUUCGGACUGUUAGGGGACUAAAGGGAAAUAUUUUAACAACUUCGUUUUAUUAAAAAGAAACAAAACAACAUGUCUCGAUUUUGUCAGUAUCCCUGUUUUGUCAGCCCACAAAAAAUCACUACAUAUACGGGUUAGAAGACGCCAUCUUGGCCUUCAAAAAGGUGCCACUCAUCGAUUUCCGGCAUCUUCCCGCCAAACCCGUUAUAAAAAUAUUCAUACAUAAUAAUGAUUCAAUUUUGUGAACUGCUUUGUCAAGAAGAAUUUAUGUACGAAUGUGAAGCGAACUUUUUUCAAUUUACGAACCUGCCCGGUUUGGUUCGUAAAUGGAGGUUUCAGUGUACAUAUCUUUUUCUAUUAAGGCACAUGACCCUUUGGGUUAAAACCUAAAUAAACGAACAAACGCAGAUAUGGUCACUCAUGGCAUGGUGUGAAAUAAUUGUAAAAUGGGUUCACAAAGUUUCGAUGGACGACUAUAUUCCAGUUUCUAGCUUAGCAACUACUUCUUCGCGCAUAUCAGCGGUAGUGACCUUUCCCUGUUACCCUGUUACACAGUGUUUUCUAUGACACUGAACAGGCUUUUUCGUAAAAAACAAUCGAACUUGAGAGUUUUUAUUGAUAAUGAAAGUGGUUUUAAUAACACGUCUAUCGAUUCCUUUUCGAAAGCAGCACAUGGUCAUGUAUUACCUUCAUAUAUCACGAACUGGAUUACGCAAUGCUUAGUAACCGACAUCUGUGUUCAUCGACAUAAGACAAGUAGAGAUUGUAAAAGCGAGUAUCUGCGGAUGUCCUUAAGGUGAUAUGCUGUCACCACUGUUCUGGAACUUUGUUGAGCGUACUUAAUAAGCUUGGAUUUUCGACAAAUGGUUUCGUUAAGAAACUCGUUGUAUAUUCGAGAUCAAGCCAGUAGUAGUUCUCUUAGUGGUCAGUAGUAUCGUAGUAAUGGGUCUUCAAAUACCGGCUGCGGAGUUUGUCGAAACAGAAGGUAAAGCUCCGCCACGAAAUGCAGUACUACGGGCUUUGUUUCACUGAUGAUUAUCAUAUUUCCAGCACUUGCAUUAGAACACAUUUUGAUUUGAUGCUGCAAGUCUGAUGUGUUGUUGAGUGAAAUUAAAUGUAUGAUCACUUGGACUAGAUUAUUUCCAAUCGUUUUGACUGGUAUCUUUUCAAAUUCGAAGUUAUGAAAUUAAACUUCUGUUGCGAUUGAAUUAGGUGACAUUUUAAAAUAUAUUAAAACAAACCCUAGUCGUGUCACCUAAACCGAACAGCUAUAAUAUGAUGAUAUACAAAAGCCAAAUAUUCUUGUCAAUGUAAACGAUUGAGUGCCACGUUAUAAACCGUUGUACAGAUUUAGAAGAUUAUAUGUACUGUAAUGAAAAAAAAAAUAUGUUGUAUAUAUUAUGUUCAGUUUAUUAACAGUUUAGAACCCGCGAAGAUGUUUAUAAAUAAGUACAUAUUAAGAAAAUUGGGACCGUUCAUAAUUCGAAUCAAAACAUAUUGUAAACGAAACCGACAGAUUGAUAAAGAAGCAUAGCACUGAAACAGCGUCACUUGAUGUCAUUUGUUUUAGAUUUAUUAAAAAUAUAAAAAUCGAACAGCUAUAUCUCGUCGAAAAGAGAUUUUCUGUGCAGCUAGGAGGCUUUUAGGAAAGAAUGUUCAGCGUUAAGCAACGCGAGUAUUGAAAAUGUAUAGCCAAGCGCCUAAAACGGAAUAAUAAACGGUUUUCACGCAGUAACAUCAAUGAUGACAGUGGAAUCUUAUUUCCAAUAGUUUUAGCCUUCUUGCCACCGUAGCUGCGUAUUAAGAGAUGUACUUCAAACUUAAAAUAUCAAAUCUUCUCAAUCAUACAAGAUUUUUAUACAUUCGUAGGAAUCAUAUAUAACAGUUUCGCAAAUAUGCUUGGAAACUCAACAGAAAGUUACUUGUCUUUUUUCGCCUUUAUCUGGUCAUGAACUAAACUUAUAGUCACCUUAAAUUUGGGAACACAUUCAAGCAAACGAAAGGAUGUACGUACACACUCACCUAAGUAGCAAACUCUUUCCUCCGUUGAUAGUGAUCCUUUUUCCCUAUUUCAACGAAUCACGUUGCAUCCUCAAUAUCUAUUUGAACCUCCGAAGUAGCUAAACGUAACAAAAUUGUGAAUUUAUCUAGAAAAUAUGCGCAGGAGCUGGAUCUUGCCAAUAAGCAACCACUAACUUACGUGUAUCACCGUACUGAAGCCAUGUACUGAAAAACGAAAACCCCCUUUAUCAACUAAAAAUGUGAAAAAAUGAAACAGAGAUAAUAAUGACAAUAUUAUUAAAAUAAAGUGAAAUUUGAAGAAAUGUUAUCCGACGAGAAUUGUUUAACCGAAAGAAUAGACGCACUCCACGACUUGUUAGUACUUACCAAAAAAGGUCCUUUUCGCAUGGUAGAUCUUUUAUUUGUAUAGACAAUUCGAAUGCUAUUAAAUAAUUGAAUUCGAUAGGAUGAAAAGAUAGGUGCAGUCCAUCCAAGAAAACGAGUUUUUUAGCAUUUCAAUGAGUUUUUAUACCAUUUUUUGCUUAUUAUAGCUUGUUAGGACACAAACUAAAUAUUUUUGACAAAAAAGAAAAUAGAUUUUGUACACAAUUUUUGAGUAAACGAUACAACACUGAAAUAUAUCAAGUUAUGUUUAUUGCCCGA